AUGCCUUAUCCGCCGGGUUUCAAGGUUGAUGUCACAGUUGCUAGAGUCGGUACCAUAGCUGAAGGUGACAACUAUCUGCAGGUUUCCACACCGACCCUACCGUCUCGUGGCUUCCAUGAGUGGCGUGCUGACGUGCGUUCCCGCUGUCCGUCAUUGGUGUUUUAUUCAGCUCUUUUUUACUUUUGGGUCCAACCAUAUCCCAGAGAAAGACGAGUCGCUUCUUCAACACAUGAUUCGCAAUAUUCCAAGAACCUGGGUGGCCUGCGAACGCUUUCUGGAAGUCCAGGGUGUCUAUUGGUCUUAAUUUUCGCAGACUCCGUUUACCGAGUGGCAACAUCAGAGUUGCUGAUGAUAGGCAAACGCCCGGAAGGGCUGCACAGAGUGCUUCCAGUGCCACCUCGCUCCGUGUCCAAGAUUCAUUUCGUCUUUCACUCUACUCUAAUCGAGGCCGUGCUCAGCAUAUUUCCCACGGCCGACGGGCCGUUCCGCUUGCCCAUCAGUUCCAAGUCGAGUGUCACGGACAAGCCCCUGGCCAGAUGGAAGGCGACCUCACCGACGGCGGAUCACUCGGCCGCACAACGAUACCAGGCCGCGACAAUGGCCUCAUUCGCACCCACCACGGUCCUCAAGGAGACCCUCAGGUACCCCGCUGGCCACAGUGUCCCCGAAGUCGCCUAG